CUCACGUCAGAGCCAUCUCCUGUCUAAAGGGUUUCGAGGUCGGCAAGAAGGGUGUCCAAUUGCUAAGCACAUACAUCACCGAAGAGCUAGGCAUCGAGUGUGGUGCCCUAUCGGGUGCUAACCUGGCCCCAGAGGUCGCCAAGGAGCACUGGUCCGAAACCACCGUCGCUUACCACAUUCCAAAGGACUACCAAGGUGACGGUAUGGACGUCGACCACAAGGUCCUAAAGCUGCUGUUCCACAGACCAUACUUCCACGUCAGUGUCAUCGACGAUGUCGCCGGUAUCUCC